AUGGUUCCCUGCCCCAGGAAACGUUCCAAUACUACGGGCUCCAUCCGUAACUGUGGUGGAACAGGUGCCCAGGUGGUCGUGACUGAUGUCAGAGAACAAGAGGCGGUGACUGAUGGUGGAGAACAAGAGGAGGUGACUGAUGGUGGAGAACAAGAGGAGGUGACUGAUGGUGGAGAACAAGAGGAGGUGACUGAUGGUGGAGAACAAGAGGAGGUGACUGAUGGUGGAGAACAAGAGGAGGUGACUGAUGGUGGAGAACAAGAGGAGGUGACUGAUGGUGGAGAACAAGAGGAGGUGACUGAUGGUGGAGAACAGGAUGAGGUGACUGAUGUCAGAGAACAAGAGGAGGUGACUGAUGGUGGAGAACAAGAUGAGGUGACUGAUGGUGGAGAACAAGAGGCGGUGACUGAUGGUGGAGAACAAGAGGAGGUGACUGAUGGUGGAGAACAAGAGGAGGUGACUGAUGGUGGAGAACAACAGGAGGUGACUGAUGGUGGAGAACAAGAAGAUAGUACUGAUGGUGGAGAACAAGAGGAGGUAACUGAUGGUGGAGAACAAGAGGAGGUGACUGAUGGUGGAGAACAGGAUGAGGUGACUGAUGUCAGAGAACAAGAGGCGGUGACUGAUGGUGGAGAACAAGAUGAGGUGACUGAUGGUGGAGAACAAGAGGAGGGGACUGAUGGUGGAGAACAAGAGGAGGGGACUGAUGGUGGAGAACAAGAGGCGGUGACUGAUGGUGGAGAACAAGAGGAGGUGACUGAUGGUGGAGAACAAGAGGAGGUGACUGAUGGUGGAGAACAAGAAGAUAGUACUGAUGGUGGAGAACAAGAGGAGGUAACUGAUGGUGGAGAACAAGAGGAGGUGACUGAUGGUGGAGAACAGGAUGAGGUGACUGAUGGUGGAGAACAGGAGGAGGUGACUGAUGGUGGAGAACAAGAGGGGGUAACUGAUGGUGGAGAACAAGAGGAGGUGACUGAUGGUGGAGAACAGGAGGGGGUAACUGAUGGUGGAGAACAAGAGGAGGUGACUGAUAGUGGAGAACAGGAGGGGGUAACUGAUGGUGGAGAACAAGAGGAGGUGACUGAUGGUGGAGAACAGGAGGGGGUAACUGAUGGUGGAGAACAAGAGGAGGUGUCUGAUGGUGGAGAACAAGAUGAGGUGACUGAUGGUGGAGAACAAGAGGCGGUGACUGAUGGUGGAGAACAAGAGGAGGUGACUGAUGGUGGAGAACAAGAUGAGGUGACUGAUGGUGGAGAACAAGAGGAGGUGACUGAUGGUGGAGAACAAGAGGAGGUGACUGAUGGUGGAGAACAGGAUGAGGUGACUGAUGGUGGAGAACAAGAGGAGGUGACUGAUGGUGGAGAACAAGAAGAUAGUACUGAUGGUGGAGAACAAGAGGAGGUAACUGAUGGUGGAGAACAAGAGGAGGUGACUGAUGGUGGAGAACAAGAGGAGGUGACUGAUGGUGGAGAACAGGAUGAGGUGACUGAUGGUGGAGAACAGGAGGAGGUGACUGAUGGUGGAGAACAAGAGGAGGUGACUGAUGGUGGAGAACAGGAUGAGGUGACUGAUGGUGGAGAACAAGAGGCGGUGACUGAUGGUGGAGAACAAGAGGAUGUGACUGAUGGUGGAGAACAAGAGGAGGUGACUGAUGGUGGAGAACAAGAGGAGGUGACUGAUGGUGGAGAACAAGAGGAGGUGACUGAUGGUGGAGAACAAGAGGAUGUGACUGAUGGUGGAGAACAAGAGGAGGUGACUGAUGGUGGAGAACAAGAGGAGGUGACUGAUGGUGGAGAACAAGAGGAGGUGACUGAUGGUGGAGAACAAGAGGAGGUGACUGAUAGUGGAGAACAGGAGGGGGUAACUGAUGGUGGAGAACAAGAGGAGGUGACUGAUGGUGGAGAACAGGAGGGGGUAACUGAUGGUGGAGAACAAGAGGAGGUGUCUGAUGGUGGAGAACAAGAGGGGGUAACUGAUGGUGGAGAACAAGAGGAGGUGACUGAUGGUGGAGAACAAGAUGAGGUGACUGAUGUUGGAGAACAAGAGGCGGUGACUGAUGGUGGAGAACAAGAGGAGGUGACUGAUGGUGGAGAACAAGAGGAGGUGACUGAUGGUGGAGAACAAGAGGAGGUGACUGAUGGUGGAGAACAAGAGGAUGUGACUGAUGGUGGAGAACAAGAGGAGGUGACUGAUGGUGGAGAACAGGAGGGGGUAACUGAUGGUGGAGAACAAGAGGAGGUGUCUGAUGGUGGAGAACAAGAGGGGGUAACUGAUGGUGGAGAACAAGAGGAGGUGACUGAUGGUGGAGAACAAGAUGAGGUGACUGAUGUUGGAGAACAAGAGGCGGUGACUGAUGGUGGAGAACAAGAGGAGGUGACUGAUGGUGGAGAACAAGAGGAGGUGACUGAUGGUGGAGAACAAGAAGAUAGUACUGAUGGUGGAGAACAAGAGGAGGUAACUGAUGGUGGAGAACAAGAGGGGGUAACUGAUGGUGGAGAACAAGAGGAGGUGACUGAUGGUGGAGAACAGGAGGGGGUAACUGAUGGUGGAGAACAAGAGGAGGUGACUGAUGGUGGAGAACAGGAGGGGGUAACUGAUGGUGGAGAACAAGAGGAGGUGUCUGAUGGUGGAGAACAAGAGGGGGUAACUGAUGGUGGAGAACAAGAGGAGGUGACUGAUGGUGGAGAACAAGAUGAGGUGACUGAUGUUGGAGAACAAGAGGCGGUGACUGAUGGUGGAGAACAAGAGGAGGUGACUGAUGGUGGAGAACAAGAGGAGGUGACUGAUGGUGGAGAACAAGAAGAUAGUACUGAUGGUGGAGAACAAGAGGAGGUAACUGAUGGUGGAGAACAAGAGGAGGUGACUGAUGGUGGAGAACAGAAUGAGGUGACUGAUGGUGGAGAACAGGAGGAGGUGACUGAUGGUGGAGAACAAGAGGAGGUGACUGAUGGUGGAGAACAGGAUGAGGUGACUGAUGGUGGAGAACAAGAGGAGGUGACUGAUGGUGGAGAACAAGAGGAGGUGACUGAUGGUGGAGAACAAGAAGAUAGUACUGAUGGUGGAGAACAAGAGGAGGUAACUGAUGGUGGAGAACAAGAGGAGGUGACUGAUGGUGGAGAACAGGAUGAGGUGACUGAUGGUGGAGAACAGGAUGAGGUGACUGAUGGUGGAGAACAAGAGGAGGUGACUGAUGGUGGAGAACAAGAAGAUAGUACUGAUGGUGGAGAACAAGAGGAGGUAACUGAUGGUGGAGAACAAGAGGAAGUGACUGAUGGUGGAGAACAGGAUGAGGUGACUGAUGGUGGAGAACAGGAGGAGGUGACUGAUGGUGGAGAACAAGAGGAGGUGACUGAUGGUGGAGAACAGGAUGAGGUGACUGAUGGUGGAGAACAAGAGGAGGUGACUGAUGGUGGAGAACAAGAGGAGGUGACUGAUGGUGGAGAACAAGAAGAUAGUACUGAUGGUGGAGAACAAGAGGAGGUAACUGAUGGUGGAGAACAAGAGGAGGUAACUGAUGGUGGAGAACAAGAGGAGGUGACUGAUGGUGGAGAACAAGAGGGGGUAACUGAUGGUGGAGAACAAGAGGAGGUGACUGAUGGUGGAGAACAGGAGGGGGUAACUGAUGGUGGAGAACAAGAGGAGGUGACUGAUGGUGGAGAACAAGAGGGGGUAACUGAUGGUGGAGAACAAGAGGAGGUGACUGAUAGUGGAGAACAGGAGGGGGUAACUGAUGGUGGAGAACAAGAGGAGGUGACUGAUGGUGGAGAACAGGAGGGGGUAACUGAUGGUGGAGAACAAGAGGAGGUGUCUGAUGGUGGAGAACAAGAGGGGGUAACUGAUGGUGGAGAACAAGAGGAGGUGACUGAUGGUGGAGAACAAGAUGAGGUGACUGAUGGUGGAGAACAGGAGGGGGUAACUGAUGGUGGAGAACAAGAGGAGGUGUCUGAUGGUGGAGAACAAGAGGGGGUAACUGAUGGUGGAGAACAAGAGGGGGUAACUGAUGGUGGAGAACAAGAUGAGGUGACUGAUGUUGGAGAACAAGAGGCGGUGACUGAUGGUGGAGAACAAGAGGAGGUGACUGAUGGUGGAGAACAAGAGGAGGUGACUGAUGGUGGAGAACAAGAAGAUAGUACUGAUGGUGGAGAACAAGAGGAGGUAACUGAUGGUGGAGAACAAGAGGAGGUGACUGAUGGUGGAGAACAGGAUGAGGUGACUGAUGGUGGAGAACAGGAGGAGGUGACUGAUGGUGGAGAACAAGAGGAGGUGACUGAUGGUGGAGAACAGGAUGAGGUGACUGAUGGUGGAGAACAAGAGGAGGUGACUGAUGGUGGAGAACAAGAGGAGGUGACUGAUGGUGGAGAACAAGAAGAUAGUACUGAUGGUGGAGAACAAGAGGAGAUAACUGAUGGUGGAGAACAAGAGGGGGUUACUGAUGGUGGAGAACAAGAGGAGGUGACUGAUGGUGGAGAACAAGAGGGGGUAACUGAUGGUGGAGAACAAGAGGAGGUGACUGAUGGUGGAGAACAGGAGGGGGUAACUGAUGGUGGAGAACAAGAGGAGGUGACUGAUGGUGGAGAACAAGAGGGGGUAACUGAUGGUGGAGAACAAGAGGAGGUGACUGAUAGUGGAGAACAGGAGGGGGUAACUGAUGGUGGAGAACAAGAGGAGGUGACUGAUGGUGGAGAACAGGAGGGGGUAACUGAUGGUGGAGAACAAGAGGAGGUGACUGAUGGUGGAGAACAAUAGGAGGUAACUGAUGGUGGAGAACAAGAGGAGGUGUCUGAUGGUGGAGAACAGGAGGGGGUAACUGAUGGUGGAGAACAGGAGGAGGUGACUGAUGGUGGAGAACAAGAGGAGGUAACUGAUGGUGGAGAACAAGAGGAGGUGACUGAUGGUGGAGAACAGGAGGGGGUAACUGAUGGUGGAGAACAGGAGGAGGUGACUGAUGGUGGAGAACAAGAGGAGGUAACUGAUGGUGGAGAACAAGAGGAGGGGACUGAU